UCCCACAUCGGCAUUUUAUCCCUUUUGAGGAUUUUUGGGUCUCUAUAUAAACCCACUUCAUUCAAUAUUUUAGGGGAGGGGGAGGGAAGACAAAGAAUACUCAUAAAAUUUAGAGAAUUCUUGAUUCCCAUAGUUAAAAAUUUUCAAAGUGUUUUGUGGUUUUUCGAGUUGAGGAGGUGGAGUCGUCUCGUUCAAACUCGUAGUUCCGGUUCGCUGCCCAGAACCAGGUAUGACUAAAGAGAAAACAUAUUUAAUGUUCCGGUUCGCUGCCCAGAACGAGUCCAUCCGGACUCCCUUCUCUUUCAUUAUUCCGCUUCUUGAGUCAAUCUUCUUCGGAGUUGUGAAAGGGAGUCAUGUUAUUGGGUUAAACACUCAAAAAUCAAUAGCAACAACAUUUCCAAAGAGCUAAAACGGAAAGCAAAAUUGGGUCCAUUUUUGCAGCAGUUUCAGCAGUCUUCUAAGGCCUGAAAAUUGCACUUUUUUGGCUUAAAAGUUCAGAAAUUGCACCAGUAACAAUAAUUUGCAGCAGCCAAAUAAAGGCUAAAAGUUUGGGCGAAAAUCCUAGUUUUCCCUCAUCUUGUUUAUUAUCGUUUUGUUUAGUUUUGUUUCUCUUUAUCUCUUAUUAUUGUGUGUUGUGUUUGUUAAUUGUUUAUUUAUUGUUAUUAACUUAGAUGAAUCCUUUGGAGGUUUUCAAAUGGUUAUUCUAUUUCGUUAAUUGUCUACUUUAAAUUUUCGAAACUUAUUUUUUUUGUUAAAUAGCUUAAGCUUAUUAGAAUAUCUUGAGAACUUUUUUUUUAUGUUCUUUUAUAGUUGUUAAAAAGCUUUGAAUCCAUGUUUACGAGUGUGAACUAACUAUUUAGUUCAAAUUUUUGAAUAGGAUAAAAUUGUUAAGUUUCUUAAACUAAAUUAGUAUUUAAUUUAACUUAUAACUUGGUAUGAAUGACUUGAGGAUCUUUAAUUUCCUUUCAUAGUUGUUGCACAAAGUCUUGUAAUCCAUGUUUAUGUGUUGAAUUAUUUGUAUGAUUCAAAAUAUGACUAUGGAUAAAAGUUUUAAGUCUUAGGAUUAUUUUGAGAUCUUGCAUAAUAUAAGAGAUUAUUAUCUAAGUUUUCAACAAGAAUUUUUUUGAGUAGUUUGAAAUAAAUAAAUAAGAUUUUUUAAGUAUUCACAUGUUUUUUUCUUAAAAUUAGCAAACUUUGAAAUUCGUCGGUCAACCGCAUGUUAGCACAUUUUCUAAGGUGCCUAAACCCUUCCUUAGAGAAUUAUUUGAACGCUUAGCCAAUUUCUAUUAACCUUCUUUUUUUUUAAUUUAUUUGGUUUUUUUAAUUUUUCCUAAAAGAUUAAGUGGCGACUUCCUAAAAUUAAACAUUUUCCAAAAUUGGCCAAAGUUGCGAAAUCGGCUUCGAAAUCCUUUAGUUUUCGAAAUCGGGUCGUAAAAGAAAUGGCGACUCCGCUGGGGAUUCAUCUAGGUUCUAACCAAAAGUAUUUUAUUGUUUGGCUAGUUAUUAUUGAAUUAAUUGUUAUUUGAUGCGAUUAUGUAUUUAAAUUUUGAUUAUUAACUGUUAUUUUGCAUUCAUGGCAUCUUCUGAUAUUAUAUGUUAGUAUAUUAAAGAAUGGUUUGCGGAACAGCAGCCAGACUUUUUAUACUCAACCUUUUUCGGAAUGAUCGAUGAUUUAUUGGUUCGUCAUGCGUCCAAUGGUUAUCGUGAAUUUCAACCUAAGUUGUCCGCUUAGGUCCCGGUCCUUCAAAAGUCACUUUUAGUUAACUAAGUUAGAGCUCAACCAAGACCCUUUUAGCUGCAUUAACCUAAGACGAUUCAAUACCCAAGGCGUAUUGAAUCCAUUAGAAGACCACCUUGAGUCUAAUUGACCUGCGGUCAACUAAGGCGAUCAUCCGAUAAUUUGUUAAAUUUGAAGGAUAUGUAUGUUGAUUUGUAAGUACCAUUGUCCUUUUGGGUCGGUUUUUUUUUUAAUUUUGUUUUAUUAGGUAGUUUCUUGGUUUAAUUCAGAUGAAGAUACUCAUCAUCAAGAAGUAAUUCAAAAGCAUCAAGAAGUUCGGGAUUCGUUAUCAUUGUACCCCUACGGGGGACUCAUAUUUAUUUCUCUUUCCACUAUUGUGCAUCCCUAUUUAUUUUAUUUAUAAGUUUUGGGCAAUGGAACAAUUUACAAAUGAUAUACAUAUCCUUCAAACGUUAGGCUUACCUUUGGCUUAAAAGGUCACAUGUAUGUUAGGAGGCGUUAUAUAUUGUUUGUGUUAAUUGUUACAAAUUUUGUUUCAUUUGUGCUUGUUUGACAUAUGUGUUUAUAUACAUAUGUUUUACUUUAAGCAUAAUUGGUCCAUUAUUCUAUUCCAAUGUUUUAGAACAUUAAUCCAAUUUUCAAACCUUCCAAAAUACUAUAACUCCAUUACAAAAAUAUGUUCAAAAUUACUCCAGAAUUUUAAAAAAAUUAUUAGGUCAUCAUUCAAAUUCACAUUGACCUCGUUAUUUCUUGAAAAUUAUUUUCCACACCUACUAGCCGGCGUUACUAAAUAUUUCCAUUUGAUCAUUUCUUGAAACUCAUCUUCAUCGAAUUUUGGACUAGUUUGUUUAAAACAAAACACAUGUUAUUUUUUUUUUAUGGGCUACUUUGGUUGAUUAUUAUGAUUAAUGGACUACCUUUCUUACUUUUGAGUUGAACCAGAAAGAGAGACUGAUUUGUGUUGGUAAUAAACUUGCUCACUUCACCAAAGUAUCCGCUGGCAGAACAUUCAUAUUUUACACGGUCUAAGGUCAAGGGAAUCUCUACAGACUCUUCACUUCUUACUUGGACUACUAAAAGGGCUCGUUCAAAAAUGGAUCCCACUAUUCACACUUUUGCUUCGUCCGAAAUGAUCCCUACUCCAUCGAUCGCGGCCGAUCCUAGUGCCUCGGUAGCAGCAGAAUCACCUACGGAGGUCAUUGCUAGUCUAGAGCGACAAAUUGGCACGCUGAAUCUCCUGGUAGCUCAAUACCAAACUGCUUCUCUGAAUCAACCAUUUGAUGCUCGUAAAAGGGGGCCCAUGCCACCCGUAUAUCCUACUUCGAGUGAGUUUCAUCAAGGAGAUCACUUUGCCACCUUUCAACAAACUCAAAGUGCAUCACCCACUAAUUCAACUUAGGAUACUCCUCUUGUAUACACAUUUUCUCCCCCAAAAGCUCCAACGGUAACACAUCACACUCUGCCAGUGUACAUUUAUGUCACUGCUCCACCCGUUACCAAGGCUCCAGAGUUUCAUCGCCCAGAUGUUAAUCACUAUAUUGAAAUUGAGGGGGACGGAAAAUCAAUAGAUGCUGAAAUGAUGAAUAAGAAGAUGAAAAGUUUGGAGGAUGCUUUGAGAGGUAUUCGUGGGUUCGAUAGUGGCCAGAGUGUUAGAUACGAAGAAUUGUGCACAUUUCCUGAGGUUGAGUUGCCACCUGGUUACAAGAUUCCAAAGUUUGAGAAGUUUACUGGAUCAGGAAAUCCAUGCUUUCACUUGAAAAUUUACUGUGAAAAGUUGAUUGGCGUUGGAAACAACGAAGGGAUAAGAAUCAAGUUAUUCAAUCAAAGCCUAACUGGAAAAGCAUUGGAGUGGUACUCUAAGCAAGAUGUAACCAAAUGGCGUACUUGGGAUGAUCUGGCCAAUGCUUUUGUGGAUCAUUACAAGUUUCAUGUUGAAAUUGCUCCCGAUAGAAUUUCUAUUACAAAGCUGAAACCCAAGUCGACUGAAUGCUUUCGAGAAUAUGCCAUUCGUUGGAGAGAAGAAGCUGCCAGGGUGCACCCACGUAUGGAGAAAUCAGAAAUGAUCACUUACUUCAUUCAAGCUCAAGAAUCAGAAUACUAUGAGCGAAUGGUCACUAUGGGUGGAAAGACAUUUGCUGAAGUUAUUAAGGCUGGAGAAAUGAUCGAAGACGGUCUCAAAACUGGAAGAAUAAGGAGUUACGCCUCAUCUCAAUUUGCUAAUAGAACCUAUCAAACUGGUUCUUUUGGAAAGAAAAAGGAUAAAGAAGUUAUGAUGAUAACGACCCGAGGAGCUGCAUCAUAUAACCAUCAACCACCUCAAGGCUAUCCUAAUUCACAAUACUAUGUUUGCAAUAAUCAAGCAACAUUUCGUUCUCCACGACCAAUGCAAAAUCCCCGAAAUAAUGCACCUCAUCCUAAUUUUGAGAAAAAACCUGCUAGAGUCUUCACUCAAUUAAGCGAGACAAGGAGUCAACUUUUUGAGAGAUUGAAAGAGGCGGGAAUACUUCAUCCAGUGGAAGCCAAGACUAUGAAUACUUCAGCCGAGUGGUAUGACCCAAGUAAGCGUUGUGCUUAUCAUUCAGGGGUUGUUGGUCAUGAUACCGAAAAAUGUAUCACUCUCAAACACAAAAUUAAAGAUCUAAUUGACAAUGAGGUGGUAAAACUCGCUCAAGCUCCAUCGAAUGUGAAUACCAAUCUGUUACCCAAGCAUAAGGAGCAAUGGUUGACAUGACCAGUUGCAAAGAAGAAGCAACUUUCUUGAAGGUCGCACUUUUGGCAGCUUUCAGUCUUGUAUUUAGAGUUUGUUAUUUUAUUUCUCUGUGAUCGCACUUUCAUCGCUUUAUUACUUUGUAAUCGUUUGUUUGUUUUAGAUUUUCCCUUUUAAUCAUCUUUCACUUGUAAUUUUAUGAACUACGUCUGACCUGAAUUCUCAAGAAUGAGAUACGUAGGCGGCCUAUGUCGGCUUCGGUCACCCCUUUAUCCCUUUAAGUGUUCUCUUAUUAUUUGAACUACGUUUGACCUGAAUUCUCAAGAAUGAGAUACGUAGGCGGCCUAUGUUGGCCUCGGUCAUUUUCUUGGUUAAAUUUCUUCUAGUCUUGUUAAUCCUCUAGAGUUCGAACUAUGUUUGACCUGAUUCCUGCUCAACGGGAUACGUAGGCGCCGCACCGGCUCGGUCAUGUUCCUUGUAAGUUUUUCAUUUCUCUUUAUAAUAAAAACUGGGGCAAAUUUUGAGAGGAUCUAAAAAUUCAUCAAGAAGAGAAGUUUAUUUAGUCCAGAAUCAAGGAUCACUUCAGAGUUGCAACUGGGGCAAAAAUUUUGAGAUUCACUCAAUAAUUCAACUGAAAACUACAGAAAUUUCAAAAUUUAUGAUUAUGUUUUAUACUGGGGCAGAAUUUUUGAGGAGGGUCCUCAAAAAUUCAAUCAAGCGACAUUUCAAGACCAAACAAAUUUGUAAUCCAGAAGGCAAAAGAGCAUCAGGAUGGCAAGACAAAGCCAACACGAAUUAGUCUCUCGAAACUAAGAAUUUUUCUUUGGAUGCAGGAAUUAUAAAGUUACAACACAACAUUAGACCCACAGUGGCCUCAUCAUGACUCAGAUGAUUUAUACUCUUGCUCAUCUUUUAAAAUUUUCAUUUCAAUUCACUGUGACUUACACAUUUUAUAUUUUUACCAGAUGGGAAGCUUGGCGCAAGGGUGAUGAUCAUAAAGCGUUAUUCAAACCAAUAUAAGCUGAAAAAACUUCAUUUGAGAACUUAUCUUUUACUUUGAUAAUUUUUGCUACUAAUUACAUCUGAGCUUUGCAGGAGUCGUCAAAGUUGAGUCGAAAUUUCAAGAGAUCCUUUCAAUUUAUAAAUGAUCUGCCCAAACAUUCACCAGACAAAGGACACACACUAGUCCUUAUCCAAGAAUUUUAUUAUGAAGGAUUCCUGACACCAAGGAACCAAUCCAAACUGAUUUUAUCCUCUAUUUUAUCUGAAGAGUUUUCUUUCUUGAUUUUAAAAUCUCUCGUCGGCAAUUUUAUUUUCAUUCUUUUAAAAAAAUUCCUUUAAGUUUUAGGUUCGAACUACGUUAGACCUGAUUUCUUGUUCCAGCAAGAUACGUAGGCAAUCUUAUAUAAGGAUUCGGUCUUCCUAAUGUUUGAAAUUACAGUCCCCAGAGAAAACUAGGGCAUGUUUUUGAUUUAGUCAUUCUGGUGUCUUACAAUUUAUUUCAAUUAAGUACCCUUGGACUGGAAACAGAGGCAACUUUUGAAAUAGUUCGAAAUUAUCCAAAUUUUCGUUCAACUUCAAGUUUCAAAGGUGACCUUUAUCAACCCUAUCUUCUCUUUACAUGAAUUUCCAGAUUCAAAGUAGGGACACGUCUUGCAUGAGAUCCCUAGUUUGUCUUUAAAGUAUCCUUUCAAAAGUUAAAAGUUAUCGAUUUGUUCUUCCAGAAUCUCGCAUUCUCUAUGGAUGACAGAUUAUCGUGACUCCUUCAGAAGUCCUGACAUUUAUUAAUUUUCCUGUUCUUGUCUAACAAAAUUUUCAUGAGCGCAGUGACGACAGAGCUGUAAUCACAUCUAAAGAAAUUACCAACUUCACAAACUACAAAAGCCGCUCAGAUUACUCUGUUACAACUUGAUUCUCUUAUUUUGGAGCGUCACUUUCUUCAACGUGACACAUUAUUUAUUAUUGGAGCGUCACUUCCUUCAACGUGACAC